AUGGGCCUCCGAUAUGUAAUAGCAGGAGAAUCACAGUGUGAUUUAUUUGCAGAAGUAUGCUUGGUGGCUGACCGCCUUGCACAGUAUUUACCAGAUUUUUGCUAUGAUCGUAUAGAAAAAUCAGUGGCGGAGUGGAAGCCUUGGUUAUGUAAGAUAAAUCAAAAAAAUAAAUGGCAUCACAUCGGCUCUCCAAUUGUUUGGAAGGAGCUUUUAAUGCCAGGUAGCAAGCCGUCAUAUAUUGGUAGUGCCUCUGAUUUCUUAGAAUAUUGCCAUACGUAUUACAACUUUGAUGUAUUUUUGACGCCAAAAAGAUUCGAAAAUUUAGUAGAUAACUAUGAACAAUUCCAGAAAAAAAAUAAACAAGAAUUUAGGACCGUAGCAAGGCUUGAUGAUUCUCAUAAUAUAAAAAAAACAAACAAUACUAGUUUUACGAUUUGUAUUUCUGGAGCAGGCAAUCCUUUAGCGAUAUUUAUAAUAUCGGGUUUGCUACAAAAUUCUGAUAAAAUAUCGAAAAUAUAUCUUUAUGAUGAAAAAUGCUCACAAAGUUUGAUGGAAUUUGUGGAAUUUGAAUGUAACUAUAUAGGGACUAAUACAUCUGCUAAAAUAGUCAAAUAUAUUGAAAAGAUAGGAGUUGGGCUCACUAGCACAGAUCUUUUAAUCAUUCUUGACUUUGCUCCAUUCAGAUCUCCAUACUCUAUAGGAGAAUGGCUCUACAAGAAUAAAAAAAUUAUGAAACAUAUAGCAGUUAAUAUAAACGCUACAGCUUCCUCAAACAUGCUUGUUAUGUUGCCUAAUUUAGGACCAUCAUGUUACAAUGCAUCUAUUUUAGCUCAAUCUGUAACUAAAAUAAAAAAAAAUAAUAUUGUUGUUACAACAUCGGAUUUAGGUUUCGAAGUUGCACCAAUUAUUGCUGAAAUUGCUGAAGUGCCCUUGAGAAAUAUGUUUUGUCCACCUGUUUGGGGCUUUGUUGGGAUUAACCAUUUAGUAGAUAUUUACACUACAGUACAUAAGUAUUAUUCGUUUGAUCCAUAUGAUAGAUACUCAAAAGUCAUGAAUUCUACUCUCCCUAUUGGCACUCUCACACCAGAGAUGCGAACAAUGGAAUACUUAAUGUUUCGAGACGAAAGUUUAUGGAAAAUUGUAGCAGAGCGCAAAGUACAAAAAAAAAUGUCUGAUUGUCCUGUCUCAAUUAAUAAAGCUAUAGCAGUCUUAGAUUUAGUCAAAUAUUGGCUAUUUGAUCCAAAACCCAAUUGCGUAUUAAAUUUAGGGAUUCAAUGUAAUGGUACGUUUGGAUUAACAUUUAAUGGAGUAUUUUCUCAGCCGGCGCAUUUGGUUAAAGGUGAAUGGCAACCUGCAAAUAAAUAUAUGUUACCUAGAGAUCCCCAAAUAAAAAUUGGUUAUCUACAGCAAAUCGCAGAAAUUGUUAUGACAUUUAAUACCACGGAUUUACCACAAAUUGUUCCGUAUACUCCGUGUAUUUGUAAAGUUAAAAAGCCUCAAAAAAAUAAGCAGGGUAAAAUUAUUUCUAAAACUUAU